AUGGACACAGAUGAUGAACGAUGGGACAUGGACUGGCGGGGAAGAAUAUGGGGAUACACUGGGGCUGGAGGUCUUGUUCAAGCUUUCGCUAUGGGUUAUUUCUUAUGGGAUUUGAUGGCAAGUGUUGUUCAUCUAGGUGUUCUUGGAUGGAGCUCGUUGAUACAUGCCAUCUGUGCACUUUCAGUGGUUGGCAUUGGUUUUAGACCAUUUGCGGAUUAUUAUGGUCUGAACUUCGUCCUUUACGAACUCUCCACCCCAUUCCUCAAUAUUCACUGGUUCUUCGAUAAGCUCAAUAUGACGGGUUCCAAAGUACAACUUUACAAUGGCAUAGUACUCCUCGUUAUGUUCUUCUCAUGCCGUCUUGUGUGGGGUUUCUACCAAUCUGCAAGAUUGUAUCAGGAUAUAUGGAGCUCUUUCCAUACCCCCAGUGCAAUAAUUGCCCCGGAGCCUGGAUCCCUUAGUGCUUCAGAAUGGGAACUCUUCAGAUUCUCUGGAAAAUCCAAUGAGUUGUCGCUACCAACAUGGUUAGCUUGGGCCUAUCUGGGAGCGAAUACUAUAUUGACGCUUUUGAAUUUUUAUUGGUUUAAUCAGAUGAUUUCCGCGGUAUCGAAAAGGUUCUCAAAGAAAGGAAAGCAUACACGAGCAAAUAAGAAAGAGUAG